AUCCUCCACCAGUGCUUUAACUACUUAUACCGUUUUAAGAAGCCUACAUUCAUUUUUAGAAGUACAGCAAAGCAAAACUACAUUUAGGGUACCAGUGCUCACGAUAGCUCUUAUUUACUUUUGCAGCAAUUAUCAGCUUAUUUUAAUUUAAUUGGCAUGUGGAUUUUUUCACCCCAGCUUCUGCAUGAUUUCCUAACUGACUAACACCUAAUCAAUACUUUAAGCUUUCAACAAGUAGACUUCUUCUUUUUCUGAUGGCACGUGGUCCUAUUUAAUACAGUCCUCUAAGUGAUUUAGUCAGUUAAUUAAUUGCCUGUGCAGAUUUAUUCAAGUCACACUGUUAUCAGCUCGAUUAAAGCUCCACAAUCAGUUUAUCUAAUAAACCAUUUGCUCCCACAAAAGUGGACAGCAGUUUGCUGCAGAGCCAAACGUUCCCCUGUUGGCGGACCACUGGAAGGCUAUUGGUCGAUGGGGCAGGCUAUUUGCAUAUACCGGGUCUUAUAGUCCCACAGCAAAGUCAGAGUUUAACACAGCUGUGCUUUGACCUGACAUAGCACAAGUAGUGGAUUGUUUGCAUCAUUUAUGACUUAUCUUUUAGCAGCAUUUUGUAACCACUCAACAUGGGAUUUUGCAAGAUUGCAGGAGUUGGGCUGUGCAUGGUGCUUUCCUUAUUUUUAUACUCUGUUCAGUGUACAACUACAAGGUAUUUCACCUAUGAAGAGGAUGCCCCGGGGACGGAGAUAGGAAAUCUGUCCCAAGAUUUGAAGAUUGAUCCAGCUGAUGACCCCGACACAUCGUUCCGCUUCAUGCAAGAAAACAACUCUUCUGUGAUUGAAAUGAGGGAGAUUGACGGACUUCUGAGUGUUGCAGAAAUGAUUGACAGAGAGCAGCUCUGCCCCAGGUCUCCGCGCUGCUUCAUCACCUUCGACGUUGUGGCCUUCUCCAAAGAAAAGUUUCAACUCAUUCACGUGGAGAUCGAGGUAAAAGACAUCAACGACCACUCUCCUUAUUUUCCGCGCAACCAGACACACCUAGAGAUAGUGGAGAAUGUUCCGCUGGACUCAAGAUUCCCACUGCAGAUUGCUCUCGACCAGGACGUGGGUGAAAACUACAUUCAGAGCUACAACAUUUCCCCCUCUAGUCAUUUUGCCAUUGAAGUGCGCGAUCGGGAAGAUGGAGUGAAGUUUGCUGAGCUGGUGCUGGUGAGGGAGCUCGAUAGGGAGGUGAAGGACUCCUACACAUUCGAAGUCACUGCAACUGACGGAGGAGUGCCUGCAAAGUCCGGGUCAAUGAUUGUAAAUAUCAGCGUGCUGGACUUCAAUGACAACAGCCCGACGUUUGAACACAGUUCGCUGAAAGUUGAGCUGAAUGAAGACUCCCCGGUGGGUCACAGAGUUCUCAAAGUUCAUGCUUUUGACCCCGACGACGGUGUUAACGGCGAGGUGACGUACGCGUUUGCUGACGGGCUAUCACCGGAAGCUGGACGCCUUUUCCACAUCGACCCUUUUUCCGGGGACGUGAACUUGAAGGCGCUGGUUGAUUUUGAGAAAAGGAGGUCAUACGAGUUGAACAUCAAAGCCUCAGAUUCAGGCGCGAACUCUGUCCCAUCCAGCUGCAAAGUUGUGAUAGAUAUCGUGGACGUGAAUGACAAUGCGCCUGAAAUCAGCAUCAAACCGAUGACUUCCAGCAGUGAUGGAGUCGCCUACAUCACGGAAGCUGCAGCUGCGGAGAGCUUUGUGGCUCUGAUCAGCACCUCGGACAGAGACUCUGGCUCUAACGGGUACGUGCGCAUCAGCCUGCUCGGGCACGAGCAUUUCACCCUCCAGCAGGCAUAUGGGGACUCUUUCAUGAUUAUCACCAGCACUACUUUAGACAGAGAGAAGAUCCCAGAGUAUAACCUGACUGUGAUUGCAGAGGACCUUGGAAGCCCACCCUUCAAAACUGUCAGACAGUACACCAUCCGUGUAACAGAUGAGAAUGACAACCCCCCCCUCUUCAGUAAGUCACUAUUUGAAGUUUCUGUCCUGGAAAAUAACAUCCCAGGUUCAUAUGUUACCACAGUUGUGGCCCGAGAUCCUGAUGUGGGAAAGAACGCCAAAGUCUCUUACAAACUCAUAGAUUCAGAGGUGCCGGGAGGAUCUCUAAUGUCCACUUAUGUUUCUGUGGAUUCACUCUCAGGGUCUUUGUACACUUUGAGGUCCUUUGAUUAUGAGACUCUUCAGCAGAUUGAACUGGUCAUCCAAGCUGAAGACAGAGGUUCCCCCUCUCUUUCAAGCACAUCAACAAUAAGGAUUAAAGUUGUGGAUCUGAAUGACAAUUAUCCAUACUUCACCUUCCCCGUCCUUGUGAACGACUCUGCUGACAUCCCUCUGCCUUUCAAUGCACCUGCUGGCUAUCUUGCCAUUCGUGUCUCAGCUGAAGACAACGACGAGGCAGUGAAUAGCGAGCUCUAUUACCAAAUUGUACAAGGUGACCCACAGCUUUUCACAAUGAACAAAGACACUGGAGAGAUUGCUUUAAAGCAAUGGCUGACAUCAGAAAUUGGAGACGUGCUGGAAAUUAAAAUCGCCGUGAGUGACAAUGGCAGGUCCCCACUCUCCAGCAGUGCCACCAUUAGGUUUAUCGUCUCAGACACACAGCCCUCUGAAGACCAAGUCAUUAUUGUGUUGCGGUCAAGUGAUGAAGAAGGCUUUGGCUUGGAUGGCUCGCUAAUUGUCAUUAUUAUGCUCAGCGGGGGCUGUGCAUUGUUGCUGAUUGCAAUAGUGGUUGUUGUUGUGACAUGCAAACUCAGCCGAAACGGUGGCUCCAAGAGAGAAGUGUGUCACAGCCUGUUUGAUGGCAGGCCCAUGCCCAUGCUCAGCUCAACAGAACCAAACAUUUACACAGGCCAACAAGGCUUCUUCCACGAGAGAACCUCUUCGUCUCUGGAUGACCCCUGCCUGUAUGAGGAGAGGAGUGGGGACUCUGAGACAAAGAUGUUCCUGCCCUCCAAGCAUUUCCAAGCAAAAUCUGUGUGGCAAGGUGACAAAUACUGCUUGCAAAUGAGUGGCAUUGGCAACAGCGACCAGCUGAGCGUGAAGGACAGUGGCAAAGGAGACAGUGACUUUAACGACAGUGACUCUGAUAUCAGUGGAGACGGAGGCAAAAAGAACUUCAGCACCUUCCAGCCAAGGAUGAAAAGUUCAUCCAGCGCUGCUAACAGCUUGUCUGGGGAUUGCCAAGGCACAUACUGUGCAGUACCACCGCAGAGCUUCAGAGGCCCCAGAGACAAUGCAUACAAAAUAGGCUUCUCCCCAGAACCAGUCUUCAACAAUCCUCAUGGGUAUCUCCACUUUUGGAAGGACUCUGGUUAUGGCACGAAUCGCCCAAAAUCGAGGAGCAGCAUACAGAACUUCUCCAGGGCCGGGACCCUCCCUCCUUACUUCCCUCAGCAGCAGCAGCAGCAGCAGCAGCAGCAGCAGCAGCGUGAGGCGAGUGUUGGAGGAGCUGAAAUCCACUGCCACAGUCCAAAAAUUGUAACUGUGGCUACGGCAUUAGAGGUUGCAACUAUCUUUUAAAAACUGUGUGACAACUAAUUAAGAUGUACCUGGAAGAUGUAAAUAUUUGUAAAACUGGUUAUUACUAUACUGUCAACAGGUGUACAUAUUGUUUGUUGGAAGGAAUUAUUAUCAAAUUUAUUAUGUUUAUUCAUGUUACAUUAUUUCACUGUAUUCUA